CGUUCGGUUCGAACUCCGCUGAUAUUGCAUUCAUAGUUUUACGCGGUUACAGUUCAUUCACAAAAGUAUUUACAAAUACGAAAUUUAGUGGCAAACAUUUAAUGAGUUAUCGAAAAAGUUGACACAGUUCUUUUCUUAAAGCGAGGCGAUUGAGGUAAAGGUGAGCGUAUUGGUAAUUACAAAUUCGCGCUUCACGAUCCAUUACAUAUGCACGGCGUAGUACAAUGAGAAUAUGGUCAGAAUAUUUUUGAGUCGAAUUUUGAUUUGCUAACGUUUUUCAAUUAGUGAUAUUUUAAGAGAUGUAAUUUACUCCACUACGACAAAGGCGAUUAAAAACGAUAAGCAAGCGAUACUUCUUCAGUAACUAAAGGAAAAAUUAGAAUGGAUUACACAAGCACUGAAACCAACUUGGCAAAUGAGGACGGGACCGACAAGUCUGGGUUUUCUCCCGCUUUGUUAACAUUUGCUGGAGUAGCAACUUUUACUAUAAUGAUUGUAGGCAUAUUUGGCAACUUUCUCACCGUUGCUGCUUUGUAUAAAUGUCCAAAAGUCCGAAAUGUGGCAGCGGCCUUCAUUAUAAGCUUAUGUAUGGCCGAUUUGCUGUUUUGUGCCAUAGUGCUUCCCUUCAGUGCUUUGCGGUUUAUUCAAGGCACUUGGACUCAUGGAAGUUUUCUUUGUAAACUAAUACCUUUCAUCCAGUAUGGAAACAUUGGCGUAUCAUUAUUAUGUAUAGCAAUGAUUACAAUUAACAGGUACGUUAUGAUUGCUCAUCAUGGUUCGUACGGGAAAAUAUACCGGAAGCAUUGGAUUGCGGUUAUGAUAAUCUUCUGUUGGGCAUUCUCAUAUGGUAUGCAGCUACCUACUCUCCUAGGAGUGUGGGGAAAAUUUGAUUAUGAUGAAAGGUUGGAAACCUGUUCGAUAAUGAGUGAUAAUCAUGGACACAGCAGUAAAACUACACUUUUCAUCACUGCAUUCUUAAUACCCGGUAUGGUGAUAAUCGCUUGUUACACAAAAAUAUUCUGGGUGGUACGCCAAUCAGAGUUACGAUUGAAAAAACAUGCGAAUCAGCAAAAUUCCAUUCCGAAUAAUUUAAGACCCACACAAACACCUACGGGUACUGUUGUGGAAAGCGAGCAAAAUCGAAUGUCAUCUAAUUUUGCUUCAGACAGCAGUUUUUCCACUGAUACAAAACAGGAUAUCAUGCAGAAACCCUCUCGCAUCAAGGAUCAACGAGAGAUGAGGGCAAAACGAAAUGAAUGGCGUAUUACAAAAAUGGUGUUGGCUAUAUUUUUAUCAUUCGUAAUUUGUUAUCUGCCCAUAACAAUUGCCAAAGUAGCCGACAAAGAUGUAGAGCAUCCAAAUUUUCAUAUUUUCAGUUAUAUAAUGCUGUACUUGUCGGCCUGUGUAAAUCCAAUUAUCUAUGUUAUUAUGAACAAGCAAUAUCGAAAGGCUUACAAGACAGUAAUUAUGUGUGAACCUUCAAAACUAUUGCCAUUUGCAAAGGGAACCGCUGCCGGUAGUAGUGCUGCAGAGAAAUGGAAAGAUACCGCAUUGAGCAACAACCACAGUCGAACAAUGGUCUCGCAAAUGUCACUGGGAGAGCAACAAAAUUCCAACCCGAGCAAUAUGCAACAACAGUGCAGUUCCAUGGAAUUAACGAACAAAGCGCCCUCCCCAGACCCAUUACCAAAUGCAAAUGCAAUAAUGGAGGAGAGCAGAACCUACAAAAACAACCCACAAGUGCUUCCAGCGUCGAUGCACAUAACCCAAGUAAAUUCCCUAGCCAACCAAUCGUCACUUUUCAUGCUGAGAGCGCCGAGCAAGGAACUGAAUCGAAUAGCUUUAGUCGGGGGCGACAUAAUUCUCGAGGAAGAGGAAGAAGUAGCAACACCAACUCAACUGGAGCCAUCAACCUCCACAGAGGUAAUAACAACAGUGAAAAAGGACGUUGCACAGAAGAAAGCCCCAUAUUAUGGCCAAAACAUAAAUGUCAUUCCAGAUAAUGACGUUAAGCUUAUAGAUAAGACAAAAAUUUAAAAGACUUUUUCAUUUGCUUUAAUACUGUUACGAUAUUUAAAAUUUUUAGUUAUUAAGUUUACGAAAAUAAGUAGAAGUUAAGAAUAUACAAAAACUAUAAUAAGCAACAAGUUCUGCACCAAAAAUGGCGAUUUACCGAAAAGUUAUAAUACUUUUUAUUAAGUUUUGUUUUUUAGUUUUUGAUUGUACAUUGGUCAUAUUAUAUGUGUGUAUGUACAUAUGCAUGUAUAAAUAUAAAAACCCACAUAUGUAUGUAGGUAUGUAAAUAAAAAUUUUUAACGUGCACUAAAGCAAUUGCCAUGUUCCAACUCCAUGUCUGAGACAGUUCAGAUUUCUCUUGCGAAAUUUUGUUUUCACCUGUUUAGAAUUAUUUAAAAUGGCCAGAACUACUGACCAAAAUAAGAUGCCGCUGAUAUAUGGACCAUUAUCAGAUUUUUCGUUCGAUCUAUUGUUGACAGACCGACUUUUAUUCGAUACUGGAUACUCAAAAGAUAAAGAUGUAUCGAUCGAUGUGGAUUUAAGGGGGUAGUAUGGUUAAUUCGGUGUAAAACAAGCAUAUUUUUCGAAAUUUUUUUUGUCGGCACAGUUGAUUUAUUCAAAAUUUUAAAAUUAAUUCAUUAUAAAGUCAUAUUUAAAGAAUAUUGUGUGAAAUUUUCAUUGAUUUUUAUGAAGAAAUGAGUUGGUGGCAGUGAAUCUUCGCGGACGUCUCAUAAAAAAGUUGUCCCUCAGAACCCAUUACUGGAUCAACUAAAAUCAAAAAACCAAAUUGAUUUCAUCAGCUAAUAAAGUUUCGCAGGUAACAAC